AUGGCCGCCGCGGACAGCGGAGGGAGAAGGCUAGAGAAAAAGAGGCUAUAUCUGGAUCAGCAGGGUCAAAAGAUCAGUGUUCCUCCACUGAAGGAGAAACUCAGCUUGGACCAUUGGGAUGAUGGGCAACUAAAGUCAGCCUUGUCCUCGCAGCGACCGCCACACAUCACACAGUCAUGGGCCGGCCAGGAUGACCCCGGUGGGCCUUGGAGGGUCAAGGAUUCAGAGGACGCUGAACACUCCUCUCAGGAGAUCUGUUCAGUCUCCCCAAAGCAGAGUGAGAAUGCCACAAGAGAUCGGGGGCCCCUCUAUGAUGACCCAACACUUCCACUGGGCUGGACACGCAAACUGAAGCAGCGCAAGACAGGUAGAUCAGCGGGCAAGUACGACGUCUACCUGAUCAACUCGGAGGGAAAAGCAUUUCGUUCCAAAGUUGAGCUCAUUGCCUACUUCCAGAAGAUUGGAGACACGAACACUGACCCAAAUGACUUUGACUUCACCGUGACGGGCCGGGGUUGCCCCUCACGGAGAGAGAAAAGGCUUGUGAAAAAGCCCAAAGUGAUGAAACCCGUUGGCAGGAGGCGAGGGCGUCCAAAAGGGAGCGGCAAGCGUAGGCACAUCGAUGGCGUGGCAGUGAAGCGUGUGGUAGAGCAAAGCCCUGGGAAGCUGUUAGUCAAAAUGCCAUUAAACGCUAUGCGAGCUGAAGUAGAUGGACCUGCUGAGCUCGCCAAAGUGCCCGUUGCCAAAAAGCGCCGUGGACGCAAAAGGAAGACGGAGCAAGACAUGCACACGGCCCCAAAGAAAAGGGGACGAAAGCCCAAAGGAACCACACCGUCAGGGAAAAUCACUAGUCCCAGUAUCAAUGUGACGCUCCCAGUGACUGUACACAUUGCAGAUGUAAGGCUGAAAGCAGUCAGGGGAAGUUCAGCCAAGUCCCUCCAGGAGACAGCUCUGCCCAUUAAAAAGCGCAAAAUUAUGGAGGAUCAGACAAACUCCUCAGGACCUGUGUUCUCAGAGAGCAAAAGGAGCGACCAGCUGGCUGUAGGCACAGAGGUCAAUAUGAAUGUACUAACCGAGGAACAAAAGGUUUUACACACCGACACCCCAACGGAGAAACCAAAAUCUUCCAUGUCCAUGGCAGGUAGGGGAUACGCCGCUUCUGCUGAUACUCCUUCCAAUAAAUUAAGUGAAAACCACCAAACAGCCCAGCUGCAUAAACACCAAUAUCAACACUCUUCCCACAACCAACGCCACUGUCCUUCCACCACCAUACCCCCUCUCUCUCUUCACCCAGCCCACGCUCAGCGGGCUGUCACCACCUGUGAACCCCAAGACUUGAGCAGGCAGAGGCCCUACCAGCCCCAGCUGCAGCCGCUGGCAAAUAGGCAGGCGGUGAUCAGACAGGCCCAUACGGCCCACCGCUUGUUGAGUUUGAAGAGUGGUGCAGCGGCCGCGGUGGCCACAGAGCCCAAAACCAAGCACAGGAGUGGAGGGAGGGUUGAGGAAGAGGAGGAGGAGAUGAAGAAUGCAGUCGUCGCUUCGGCAGUGCCCCGUCCAAACCAGGAAGAGACAGUAGAGUCCAGGACCUCAGUCACUGAGCGACUGUGCUGACUUUGACAGUCAAGAAGAGAGAAGCAUAGAGGACAAUGCAGAGGCAUUGGAGCAAAUUGUACAUGGUAGAUACAUGUGUGUAUAUGUGUAUGUAUAUCUGUAUAGAUAGGAUCAACAGGCAGCUUUCCCCCCGUGGUUUAGGCUGGUAUAACCAUGAGUUGUAAGACACUUUUUAUGUUUAUUAUUAUAUUAUUAUAUAUCCCAAUGUAUUGGCUUUAUUGAUGUUUUGCGCUUUUAAAUCAAUAAUAUUCAUAACCCUUGACCAUUUUAAAGUGCUUUUAAACCCCCUCUCUUGAUCACAUUUUCAUAGGGGCUGAAAACCUCAAGUGACUUAAGUAUGAAAUUAUUCACUCGUCCUCAAAAGAAAAUCGAGCAUUUAUUUAUUUGGAGACUUCCUUGGAGCUCUUUUUCAUAAUUCUCCGUAAAAAAACAGCCAAACCCAUGUGGCUGCCUCUAGCUUAGAAGAUGGGUGUAGCUACUGAUGUUACCAAAAUAUUGCUGGUCACAGAUAUAUGCCAUCAAACUUGCUUUUGAUACAAGUGCCUGCUGUAUGAAGGGAAACCUGCACAGAAUACAAACAUAAUAAUGUAUUUAUCAAUGAUUGCAUGGAUAUACAUUGCCAUGGCCAUGUCAGUUUUGACUAAACAGAGGGGCUAUCUGGCAUAUUGGGGUGGGGGGUGGGGUCAGGUAUCAAUUAAUUAGCACCAUGUCAAAUAGGCGUGUCAUACCAACACUGACCAUUUUCUUACCCUAGAUGACACUCCAGUGUCUUUUACAUGUGUUUCCAGAUUCCAGAAAACAAAAUAGCUGUUUAUUGUAUGAUGUUUAACAAAGCAGGGUACUGAAAUAUUUGUGGAUAUCUUUGCAAAUCAUUAUUUAAUUCACAAAAUACUUAGUUUGCAAAAUACUAGAGACAGCAAGGGAUGUAACGAUAUGAAAAUUUAACCUCACGGUUAUAGUGACCAAAAUUAUCACGGUUUUCGGUAUUAUCGCAAUAUUUUUAAAAGUGUGUUCAAUAUGUUCAGAAAGGACUAAUAGGCUGAAAUAGUUUCAAAAAGUGUGACAGCAUUUACUAUUACAAAAUAUAGGCAAAACCUUGUCAAAAGUGAACCAUUUAACCAGGGACGCUGGAACUCAUUUUCAUCUGGGGGUGCUCAUAGAGGGGGUGCUGAGGGAGGGUAAAAAAUUGUUACUGAGUAGAUUCUUUUAUUCUGGUGCAUUUUAAGGUGGCCUAUUGCUACUAGAGAAGGGCAUAUUUUCAUUCACAUUCAUAGGCCUACAUCCUGACUGCACAAACAAACCUGGCUGAGCUGAGCAUUCUUAAUUCAUAGCAUAACGUUACCGUGACAUUGUGUGUUGUCCCGUUCACUUUUUCCUUGGUCAUGUAUAAUUGGCUUUGUGCCACAAUUAAAUCCAUCAAGUAGAUAACAGAAUCAAUAGGGUACCAGUUUUGUUUAAUUGUACCAGGCCUACUGUAUGUCAAAAGCAGGCUCGGAUGAAGCUGGGAAGGAUUAAACACACGGUUUCCACACCGUGGUAAUCAUCCGUGAUAAUCAUGAUAUUUGAAAUGAAAACGGUAAUUGUUAUCGUCAACAUUUUUAUUGCGUUUUACCAUUAUACCGGUAAUCGUUACAUCCCUAGAGACAGCACAUCCAUCUUCAAAACAAAAGUAUACAAGCAAAUAUGAUACACACGUCAUUGAACGAAAAAUACUGUUAACUGCAGCCUAUGUUCUCUUGUCAGAAGCUGGAUGUGGCCUAGCACUUUUGUGCAGUGUACUGAAAGGGGUUGAAGGAUCUGUCAAUACAAUCUGUCCAUUAAAACUGGUGAGAUGAGGAUAUAUCUAGAAAAAUCAUCUUGAAGAAAAUAAAGUGCAGACAGACUGUCCCAUGCAAAUGCAUGAUGUGUUCUCAAUAUACAAUCAGUGCAGUGACUGCAGACAUAAUGCAUUAUUGAUUGAGUAUAAUGUGGCACUGAGAACAGAGCAAUCCUAAUAAAACACUAUUAUCAGUUAGUUUCCUAUAUCACCGUUUUUGGGAAAGAGAGGCUUUGGCUACACUGUCAGAUGAGCAAUACCCGCCACCUGACAUUUCCUUUCUUGCAGCACAGUCUCUUACUGAUUCUACAGCUGUCAGGAAUUGUAUUAAUAUUGAACUGCAUAACAAUAUACAUUAGAGGAAUUUAGCCAAGCAGCCAAACUCUGGAAGAUACAGGUGUGUAUAACUGACCAGGUAAAAUACCUGACUAUGUUUGAAGGGAGUAGGGUGAGUGAAGCUGUUUGCUCAACCUUACACCUACUGUUGAUGAUAAACUUUUCAUGAUGGUAUCCGUCACCACAGCACCCUCCUAAAAUCCUUUAAAUAUUAAAUCUAUGUUGAGUGCAAAAUCUCCAAACAAAUUAAUAUAGUCCGUUGGCCUGGAGUACACAUAAGUAAUCAGUGAAUGUAGCAUGGUUUCUUGUGGAGGAAUUAGCCUAUACUUUAGGAGGAUAUUUUAGACAAUAACAAACUGUUCAAGCCCAGCUUUCUAUAAUCAUUGCCUAGACUAUUAUUGAAGCCACCUUUAAAACUUAAACAACCAUAAUUAUACAUGUUGUGCCUUGAUGUUAUGAACAAUUCCUUUAAUUGAAAAAAUAUAUUUUCAUUUAUUUUAGACCUAAAAUCAUUGAACUGUCGUAUUGUAGCCCUUAAAACAUAAAGCAAAUGCCAAUGCACCGUGAAAGCUGAUACAUCUGGGGAAAUUGAAGAUCUGCAUUAACUGCAUGUUGGGCUUGCCUCCUUUACUAUAUGAUAUUACAUAUUAUACACAGAUAGACUUAUUAUUGCAUACUGAUUGCACCUUAUCAAGUAUUCAGUAACAGGAACCCAUUAUCUAUUUUGUAUAUUUCUUUGUGUUUCUCUAGAGAUGUGUUAUUUUUAUAGAGUCCAUUUUGUAACCGUGUAAAUAAUGGGUUUGAUUGUUCUGCUAUUUGCUUUUUUUGACUAUUUCAUUUCAGUGGUGUUCUGUUGUUUCAAACGUGUCAAUUUAAAUAUGGCCUAUCUUAUUAACCUGCUCACUUGGAAAGGGGGGUCCAUUGUGAUGUGAUCAACAAAAUAACAUCACGUCUUGUUUACAUAGAACAAAUAAAUGCAUGCUGAUGUUGUCAAGCUCAUAAUUAAGUGCACUGACCUAAGAAUUGUAGCUCUUGACGAUGUGUUAUUACAUGUGCAUGUAACAUAGGCUAGAUUUGAAUAGAAAUCAGUAUUUUUUAA